CAUAUUUUUCUAUUCACAGGACUAUAAUCAUAAGAAGUGGUACAAUCAUGUUGAGGAGGCCUGCAUAUCAGGCAUUAGGCCUUAGCCUCACCUCAGGCUCUGGUCAAGGAUUGAGAAAAGGUUUGAAGACAGGUCUUAGCCGGCCUCAACAGCUUCUGCUUGAAUAUUUUCCUGCCAGCACCACUUGUGGAAAUUUUGUGUUGCAUAGGUCAUACAUCUGUGUUGGAAGAACUCUUGGAACCAGGUCUAGAAUGCCAUGUAAUUUCAGCAGAUCUUCAUACUGUCAAGAUCUGGAAGUUUUGUUCAGGGGAACUCAGCUUCAAAUACGAUUCUUCAGCUCAGAUAGUCUCCCCUCACAUACCAAAGUUCCACUUCCUGCACUUUCCCCUACCAUGGAACAAGGAACUAUUAUAUCCUGGGCUAAGAAGGAAGGUGACAAAGUGAAUGAGGGAGACUUGCUUGCUGAGAUUGAAACAGACAAAGCAACAAUGGGUUUUGAAACUCCUGAAGAAGGAUACUUGGCAAAAAUCCUGGUUCCUGCUGGUUCAAAGGACAUUCCCAUUGGCAAGCUCCUUUGCAUUCUAGUGGAAAAGGAGGAGGAUAUAGUUGCAUUCAAGGAUUUCAAGGAUGAAGGUGUAGAGCUGCCAAAGAAGCCUAAACUUGAACCAGAACCUCAAAAGUUAGAGCUUCAGAAGCCCAGUGUAGCUGUUCCUUCCCCUCCACCACCAACUCCACUUCAACGAUCUCAAGCUCCUCCGCCUCCUUCACCACUUCAGCCUCAAGUACUUGCUGGUGGACCAGGUACAAGGGUUUUAGCCAGCCCAUUUGCAAAAAAAUUGGCAGCUGAGAAAGGAAUAGAUUUGAGCGUAAGAAGUGGGAGUGGUCCAGGUGGGGUGAUUCGUGCUCAAGACAUUGAAGCUGCCCUUGCUUCAGGAGUUGGAGCAGCUCCCGUUGCUGCACCCGGGCCUCUUCCUACUCCUGGAGUGCCCUUUGUUGAGAUCCCUGUGUCCACCAUGAGGGCUGUCAUUGCCAGGCGUUUGCUUCAAUCCAAGCAGACUGUGCCUCACUAUUACCUGAGUAUAGAUGUUCAGAUGGAAAAAAUCUUGGAGCUGAGGAAGAAGUUGAAUGAAUCCUUGGAAAGGGAAGGAUUAAAGCUCAGUGUGAAUGACUUCAUCAUAAAGGCAGCAGCACUUGCCUGCCUCAAAGUCCCAGAAGCCAACUCUGCCUGGAUGGAUUCUAUCAUAAGACAGUAUAACUCAGUUGAUGUGAGUGUGGCUGUGAGCACAGAUAGAGGUCUCAUCACACCCAUCGUAUUUGGUGCAGAGAAGAAAGGCUUGACUGGAAUCUCAUCUGAUGUCAGAACUCUUGCUGCUAAAGCCCGGGAAGGCAAGCUUCAGCCUCAUGAAUUCCAGGGAGGGACAUUUUCUAUAUCAAAUCUUGGUAUGUAUGGAGUGAAGAAUUUCAGUGCCAUCAUCAAUCCUCCUCAGGCUUGCAUUUUGGCUGUGGGAGCAACAGAGAAAAGGACAUUGGCAGAUGGAGAUGAAUUGAAAGUUGGACAUGUUAUGUCAGUGACACUAAGCUGUGAUCAUAGAGUGGUAGAUGGGGCUGUUGGUGCUCAGUGGCUAGCUACAUUCAAACAAUAUUUGGAAGACCCUCCAACAAUGCUGCUCUAGUCUCCCCAAAUGCUAUGUAUUCACCAUUAGGGAAUAUUUAUGGCAACUCAUGCCAAAGAGUGCAGAUAUACAACAAACACCCCCCUAACCAUCAUGUAUAGUCUGGUAUGUGCCAUCAAUCUUGCAGGAGUAGCUUUUAUGCAGGGUUUUGUUUCAGGACUGCCGUGUGUUAUUGUUGUUGGCCCCAUUUUUCAUGUGACUGAAUGGUUCAGAUCAUGCUUUGAAAAAGGAAAGUGUCCAGAUAGGGCUUCAGAAAUUUCUGAAAGGCGGAGAUAUUCUUGUGACCACCUACCAUAACUGUACCCCCAUGAUAUUGAUUGUGCUGCCAGAAGGUUCUCAUUCAAGACAGAAUCCUCAACUGAUGUGCAAUAAAAAGAAAGUCUCCAUCCCAUUAGCUUUUAUUCAUCACAAUAGGUAUCAUACAUGUCUCUUCUGG